UAAAAUUUUGAAACAAACGGAAAGCAAUUCAGUUUGAUUACCUUUUUUCAUUUCCGAACCGAUCAUGAAAAAAUCGAAUGUAAUCGGAACUCAACUUCGACACUGAAAAUGCCGCAGCAUUUUUACAGAUUAUGAAGCAAGCGGGAUGAAUCGAUCCCUUUGCUAACCCAAGUUUCUAGUUCUAGGUAUCAGAGCAGAAGCUUAAAGGACUACGACCCAUGUUUUAGAAGUCAAAUGGAGUGUGCUUGAGAAAUGAGAUCGUUUAUGCAAUUGGCUUAGAUGUUUAUGUUGAGAAUUUGAACGUCUAGCUUAAAGGCCAUAUCGCUUGCUUCUUAUCUAGCCAAUGGACUCGAGAGACAUUAAAGUACCACCUCAAGGUGAGAUUAUUCAGAUUCUAGGUGAUUUUUUGGAGGUGGCCAUUACAUCAAUUGUCUUCCUCAAAGGCAUUUACCCUUCUGGUGCUUUUGAAAGAAGGAGGUACAUGAAUGCGGUUGUGCAGAAAGCUCGAAAUCCUGAGCUGCAGGAUUACAUCCACUCAACUGUUUCAGGGCUACUACCUUUCAUCCAAAAGGGACUGGUGGAGAGGGUGGCGGUUAUAUUUUUCAACAGUGAUAACGUCCAACUGGAGAGAUUUGUUUUCAAGCUCACAGUGAACCAGUCUUAUGAAUCAAAAGUUGAAAAUUCCGACCUGGAGUUUGCCUUGCGAGCAUUCUUGAUCAAGCUCUCUGUCUCAGAACCUCUAACCAAGGUUCUUCCUCCUGAUUGCAAAUGGGAAAUAACUGCCUACUUCCAAACACUCCCAAGUUCCAGUACAAGUAAGAAUGCAGAAUCAUGGAUCCCAACAGAUACCAAACAAUGGCAACAACCACCAGUAAUCACCCCCAUCAAGUCCAUGACCAGCCGGCCUCUGAAUUUGCAGUUGUAUCUAGAACACCCUAGCUUAUCUGAGCCAAAUCAUUAUGAAUAAACAUGCAUUACUGUGAAAUUAUUUUGCCUAGAUUGUUCAAAUGAAAAGUUUCUUUGAGCUUGUAUGUUAGAUCUUCUGAAGGCUCUCCCAUAGUGUAUAAUAUAAAACUCAAUACAAGAAAAUUUAUUCCUUUGAAAGCCUGAA